AAGUCGCGCGAGAGCGGUGGAGGGGCGGGGCGAAGCGGAGAGCGCUGCGGCGGCGGGAGCGGGCCCCGCGGCUGUGCGCUGCUGAGGGGGUGUGACAUGGCCGCGGGCGCUGGACGCUGCGGAGUCAGGUCUGUUUGAGCUGACUUUCUUCCAUGACUACUAAGAUCAAUUAAACCAUGGAUACUUAUACCAGAGCCCGAAGCAGUCAAACAAAGCCUAAAGUGUCAGUGAAAAAGGAUUUCACUGAUGGUGUACUACGCUCUGUGAAAUCAUUGCUACAGAGCAGAAAAGAAUUAUGUAACGUGUCCGCUGAAGAAUGUUUAAGGCAAGAGGAACAGGACAAUUUUAUUGAGAUCACAUUUCUAGGUUUUGCUGGAGAGACAGAUGCUGCUCAUAUGCAGGAAUUGGCUGCUGUUUCUGUAGAGCUCCCAGAUGUUCUGAAAUCACUCCAUUUCUGUAGUCUAAAUGAAAAUGAAGUUAUUUUUCUGAAGGAUAUAAAUAAACCCAUGGCAAUCAGCGAUGUCUCUAAACAUCAGAAUCACCUUUCUGGAGUGCUUUGUGUGAUGAGAUUGUCUCCUUCGUUCCCAAGGAUCAAAAUUGAUUCUGUAUUUACCUUACUGAGCAAAUACGCUACUGGUGUAAAAUAUACAAUGGAAGUAUACUCAUUACAGAAACAUGAAACGGAGAUGUCCCAUGCAGAGGAUGAUGACACUAAUCAGUCAGUGUCUUCAAUUGAGGAUGAUUUUGUCACUGCUUUUGAGCAUUUAGAUGAGGAUGAACCGUCAAAGAUACAAAAUGCUGGCACAACCUAUACUACUCAGAAUCACCGGGAUGCUGCUUCACAGACCAUCCCUGCUCAUUGUUUAGAAGCUAUUGACUCAAAGAUCAUUGUGCACGCUGGGCAUCGAAAAUCAUCUGCCAAAUCUUCUGCUUCUCUGAUAAAUAUCUUGGGACUUAAAGAACUGUCCUCAUCUGUAAAGAAUUCAGUCACAACCUGUAUUUCUGAUCCUUGGAUACAGAGGAGUUUUUACAAGCCAUGUAAUUCCUCUGAUCAACGUGUUAAUGUUUUGCAUAAAACAUUGUUUUCUUCCUCUCCUGCUGAAUCAUCUGAGUCAGAUUGCUCCAGCCCUAGCCCUGUUAUCUUCUUAGAUGAAGAAGGGUAUCAAAAGAGCUUGAAGGCAAAACUUCAGCUACCAAAAAUUCCAGUAGUGAAAGAUGGUAUAGAGGACUCAGACUCAGAAGUAAGUGAAUUUUUUGAUAGUUUUGAUCAGUUUGAUGAACUGGAACAGACUCUGGAAAGUACUUGUAAACUUAUAAGGGAUCCCAUCCUUGGUAAUCCACCCCAGAAGAGAAAGAUUGCCCUUGAACAAUUGCAUUCUAAAACUACUACUAUGAAUCCUCAAAAAUUCAAGUUUGAUCGUCCCACUCUUCCAGCCAAUGUAAGGAAACCAACUCCUCGUAAACCAGAAUCGCCCUAUAGCAGCCUCUUUGAUGUUCCAGACUCCCCUCGGCCAGUGAAAACAGGAGAAGACAAUGGAGGUUUAUUCAGCCCUAUAAGAUCAUCAGCUUUCAGUCCACUAGGGAGCUGUGCUUCAACUGAAUGUCUUUGUCGGAUGGAUAUCAAUGGAAAUGGGCUUAAUCAAAAUCAUGAUACACUUUAUAGUGAAUAUUCAGAUUAUGCAAAUAAUGUUUCAUUUGAAAUACUGGGUUCUGUUUUUCCUUCUCAGUCUACAUCACUACAGAAACAUGCUGAAAACAUUUCCAGCCUUAAUAGGAUUGUCUCAAAAGAGGAAAAAGGUCAAAAUGCAGAACUCCAGAGGAAAACUGACAAGGAGCCAGCUAAAAAAGUUAAAUCUAAACACAAAUCACAAAUGAUUAAAGACAGCAUACAAAAAUUUGCAACGGAACUGGUUGAAAAAAGUUUUGGUAGUGCAUUUAAAGACUUACAAAAAGGAGUUUCUUCAUGCACCAAUGCACUGUGUCACUUGGCUGCUAGAUUGACUUCUUCAGUCUUUCAAAUGGCUUUUUAUGAGAUAGGAAGGCGGCGAGCCUUGUCACUGAAGGAACGUGCCAUUAAUGGGCUAGCAAGCUUUUUGGUCAGUGAAGCUAUAACAAGUGCUUUAAAAGAAAUGCGAUACGUAAAGAAACAAAUAUUUACUAACACAGUUGCAAGAUUUGCAGCAGACCUCACCGAGGAACUUAUUUUUGAGGGAAUCAUGGAAGUCUGCCAGUUUUCACAUCCAUCAACACCAACGACUGCACGGGAUUGGGCCUUUGAUUAUGAAGACAAAGUAGUGAGAUCAUAUGCCAAAGAUUUGUCUGAAUCUGUCAUUCAGGAAGCUUUCAUUGAAUUAUCCCAGGUUGAUGUUACCUUCACAACGCAAGCAGCAAUUAGUGUUUCCAUGGACAACAUAAAAUAUGUAAGUGCAGAAAGUACGUUGCAGUCAACACAGACUACCACUGCUUUUCCUAAUUUUCAUGAUAAUGCACUUUUAGCAUUGAAUCCAGUACAAGAAACUGGAAAAGAAUAUACUUUACAACAAGCCUUGUUUUGUACUUCUGGUGUUGUAAGUUCAAUACCAGUGCCCUUAGCUGGAACAGCACUUUGUCAACAUCAGACUUCAUCUGAUGUUUAUAAGGCAAAAGUAUGGACUUGUUCGACAGCAGGUGGCAGUCUGAAAAUAUACAAAGACGCUACACAGCCAUAUUUUACAACAAAAAAGAGAGAAGAGGAAGUGGCUUCUCUUAGAAAUAUUUACCUGACUGCAGAUCACAGUGAAAGUACUGAAAGUAGUGCACAAUGUUUUUUUAACCAGAAUGAUUUUAAACAAACAAACAACAAUCCUGAAGUGAAUAAUAAUUCAGAUUUAACAACUGGGCCAACAAGCGUCAACAGUUUCUCUGGAACAAUGGUAGAUAUGAUAGUAAAUGAGGCGUAUGAAGCAAUAACCUCAUCCGGGGUUACCAAAACAGUGGAGGAAUAUACAGAUUUUGUAACUAGAAAAACACCUCGUUGGCAGUGUGUUGAUAGAGAUAUUCCUAAGAAUACUUUUGCUGAUCACUUGGCCAAGUAUAUUGUAAAACAGUCUGUAGAUGAAACUAAAUCUAUAUUCUCCCACACAAAUGAGACUGUAGAAUGUAAUGGAGGCUUACAGAUGAAGACAGAUAACUGUAAAAAAGACCUGCAUAGUGCAGUAAAGAAACAAGAAUCUGAGAAACACAGAUUUGUUCCUAUAAUUGUGGAACCGCAACAGCUGCCUCUGAAUAACCCACCUAAUUUUCUUGUUACGUCAGUUGACUCUGCUCAGUGUUUACUUUCAGUACCUAAAGAUUGUGUUCAGGAACGUAAAGGAAAUGAAGUACAUAGGUUUUCUUCAAGCACUCCACCUCCUUGUCCUACUGUGACUCUCACUAGGUGUAAUGUGGAAGAGUUUACUGAUUCAGGAAGCAGUUCAAUAAAAUCCCAAAGUAAACUAUUGAAAAAAUAUGAUACGCAAAAAACAACGCUAGCUCCUUCAGCUUUGGGGCAAGAGAGCUGUUUUCUACAUGCAAGUAACCUUUCUUUGGUGAUGUUUGGCUGUGAAGAUUCUUUGCAGAUGGAAGAUAAAUCAAGCAUCAGAGAUGGAAAUGUCUGUGCAGUACCUGAUACACCACCACCAACUCCUUUAGUACCAUCUCAGACUAGUUCUGAACGGAACCUAAGGAAGCUCACCAAGAAACUCAAGGGAGAAUUAGCAAAGGAGUUUGCACCUGCGACACCACCUUCUACACCUUAUAACUCACCUGCUGCUGCCUUGUCGGCAACUGAACAUGACUCCUUGGAAAAGGAAGAGUUUAUGCUGAAACUCAUGCGAUCCCUUUCUGAAGAAGUUGAAAGUAGUGAAGACGAAGAACACUCUGAAUUGCUUGUGGAGAAAACUGAACGUUCAGAGAAAACAGUACAGUAUGCUGAUCAUUUAGCUGGUCAUAUCAUUUCUAUGGCAACUGAAAUAGCUGCUUCCCAUUUAGAUGAUAAAACAAUUAAAAGAGAAGCUGACAGACACUGCCAAUUAAAUGCACAAAACAAAAUAUGUGGGUAUACUGCCUUUAUAAAUAUCCCAGAAGAAACUUUACAUUCAUUGUGGAAUUAUGCAGGUGAUAUGGCUGGAAAGGUUAUCAAUGAGGCUAAGAAGAUGAUAAAAUCAAGGCAUUGCAAACUGCUGAGGUUGAAGCGGGUUAACUGUCAUGUAGAUUGUCUUUCUCUCAGAAAAGAUGAUAGAGACUGUAGGUCAAAAGAGAGGUGGUGUCCGGUAGUAAACCAGUGGUCCAGAGAGGUAGAUUCAUCCGUACUUUCUUUACCUCAGAGUGUAGGAACAACCGGUCUGACUUACCGGUAUCCAAGCUGUGAGAGCGUGACCGAUGAAUAUGCAGAUCACAUCAUUCGAGUUCUGAAAAGGGAAGGUGGCAACAGUGAGUUAAUAAUGGAUCAGUAUGCUAGUAGACUUGCUUAUAGAUCUAUAAAAUCAGGCCUGCAACAAGCUGCCAGGAAAAUCAAGCUGACAUACAACAGAAGAAUAUUUCCUGUACAGAACACACAGGUAAAUGGUAGGCUUGAGCUGUUCAAAAUAUUGAACAAAGAUAUGGAUACAAAAUGGCAAAUGAAAAGUGGUGUUCAUAGGUGUGGAGGCCAAGCCUGUGAAAUAAACAAUUUACACAGAACUGACAGUACAGAGUUAUUACAUUUUUCUGAAUCCCUUGCUCAUCAUAUAACAUGUGAUGUCAGAAGAAAACUGAAAAUGUCAGCAGUUUGCUUGCCAAAAUCCUUAACGGAUUCCUGUCUGUAUAGAAAAUCUAAAUUUGAUGAAGCCACAGGGGACUGCCUUAAAACAACACUUUCUAAAACAGUUCUUCCUUUCUCACAAAAACAUAAACUGUAUCAUAGCACAGGCAGUUUAAAUGAAUAUGGCUAUCGAGAAGGCAUCAUUCAAGCUAUAGAAGAGUAUGCUAGAAAAGUGGUGGAUGACACCUUAGAAAUGAGUUUGGAGUCUGCUGUUCUCCAAGCUGCUGAAAACAGGAAAAAUGAGGAUAGAUUCACUUACACAGAAAAGUUGUCUCCAUUUUCUGAAACAGCCUGCAGAUACUGUAGUAUGAAGGAAUAUCAGUAUUGUACUGGAAGUUCAUCUCCACACCUGCCUGGACAAGAACCCCUCCCUAGAAUCAGGCAGCUCCCCAAUUCAGGGUUGAGUGGUAUCUGUCAAAAAUCAAGAAUUUUUCACCUUGAUAUUCCCAAAAUUCACAUUGACAUGGAACAGAAGACAGUAUUUUCUGAGAAGGUGGUUGGUGCAGCUAUUGAGAAAGCGGAGAGAGAGCUGAGUAACACAAGUCUGACAGCAGAUAGUGGUAUUGGACAUGGUGGAGUCAGCUUUGCUGAAAGCCUUACUACAGAAAUAAUGACUUCAGCUAUGACUAAUAUUGGUCAGGCUGUUAACAUAAGUUCUAUGGGAAGAGAAGGAUUUCACUCAGCUGAAUCUGUAGUUAGCCAGCAGAUGAGUCUCAGUAUUGGUGAUGAUAGCACUGGCAGCUGGUCCAAUCUAAGCUUUGAAGAUGAACAUCCCGAUGAGAGCAGCAGUUUCCUUCACCUCAGUGACAGUCAUGGUAACAGCAGUAGCUGGAGCAGUCUUGGUUUAGAAGGAGAUAUGUAUGAGGAGAAUUUAUCCUUUCCAACAUCAGACAGUGAUGGAACAGAAGAUAAAGAUGAAGACCCCAAGGAUGCUGUAGAAGUGCAGCUAUUUCCAUUUUACCAAGGUGUGGGGCAGGUAGGAAAGGCAUUGCUAAUAGUGAAUGUUGACAUGGAACCACAUAUGGUGGACCCCCAGCUGAGAACAACCCUGCAGUGGCUGGCAGCUUCCGAAACAGAGGUGUCUGAGCUUCGUUUUCAUGACACUGCUACGAAGGAAUUCAUUCUCCUUUCAAAAAGACUGAGAGAGAGAGACUGGAAAGUGGGAGAUCUCUUGCAAGCAGUGCUGAAAUACUGUGAAAUGAUGGAGAAGAUGUCUGAUGGGGAUAGACUUCUGAAUAAACCUUUAUUUGGCUGGCUUCUGGAAAAUGUCUGAAAAAUCCAAAGACCCAAUAUUCUUCCCUUCAUUCCUCCUUUAGAAGGAGACAUGAAGGACAAAGAUGUAUAGCGUUAAAAUUUAACUGAUGAAUGGUCUAUUAACUGUCAGCAUUUUAAGAGACUUUGGGGUGAAAGUAAAUAUAGCUGUUCUGUAAGUAUUUUGUGACACUGUAUACGGUAUGUUUAUCCAGUGCAUAUCUUCAUAAUUGAUAUCAGAGUAUUGUGUCCAUCCACGCAUAUUUGUAUAUACUGCUGUGUUCAGACUAUAGAAUGUGUAUGAAGAAAGAUCUUGUCCAUGGACAAUAGUUGACAGGUGAUAAAACAGAAUAUACAGGGAUUCCCACUGUAUUGGUAUAGUUUAUAAUCGGAGGCAUACUAUAUUAAUAGCAUUAUUAAGUUUGAAUUGCUAAAGAAACAUGUUUCAAUUUUACAUGCAACCAUUUUUAUUGCAAAUUCUAUGUUUUGAAGCAUUUUGAUAUGUUGGUCUGACAUACUAAUGCAUUAGAAAUAGCAAGUACUUGUUGGAGAUUUUCCUCUUGGAAUUUUGCCAUCUUUUGAGAAAAACAGUUCCUUAUCCCUAAUUGUCCACAUAUAAAUGAUUUUUGUGUCACAAACUGAUCUUCUGAAUAAGGAUCACUAUAAAAUAGUAAAUUUUCUUAAAAUAUGAAAAGAGAAAAGUUUUGCAAAUUGGUUGUCAUUUUUCUUCAAUAACUUUUGCAAAAAUUCUUGUUUUAAAGGAAGCCAUUCAAUCAAGUCUUUUAACAAAUGGAACUGUGAGGUUGGUUACUAAUGCUGUAUGCUUGUCCUGUGGUUGAUGGGUUUGUCUGUGUCUUUACAGGUCUAUUGGUUCGUAAGUGCUAAUAGUUCAUCUUGUUUUGUUUUACAGACCCUUAGGGGAUAAAGUGUUCCCUGACGAAUACCAGGAUGCUAUGUAAAACGUGAUGUCACGGCAAGAGAAUAAUGGGGCCUUAUCUAUUUUGGGUGGCUAUAGGAAUUUAAACAUCCAGCUGACUUUAAAGGACUGUAGCUGUUUAAAUCACCAAAUUUAGAACCAGAUCCUGAGAAGUUGAGAACUUACAAUGGAAAUUGCAUAUGCUCAGCAACUCUCACAGUUUCAUCUUUGGUUAUAGAUAAGGGUCCAUGCAUAGGGCUGGUGAGCCCACCAGCACUUUCCUUGCAGUGCCAUUGUGCUUUGAAAAAGUAUGCGAGUGCUCAUCUUUUAGCCAUUACAGUAAUCUGUAAAAAGACCACCUCCCGCCAACAUUGGAAUAUAUAUAAAAAGUUAAUGUAUACAACCUAGACCACUGACACCAGUUUAAAUUUCCAGUUUCUUAUGUCUGCUCAGGAACUGUUACCCGAGUUUAAAUUCAUGUUGCUGUAUCAUCUCAUUAAUUGAAAAAAAACAAUUGGUGCCUCAUGGCAAAAUUAAAAAAAAUCUAUUUAGAGAUAAUUUUGUUUCAUAUGGGCAAUUUGGUCUAGUUGAUUUAAGCAUAGCACAAGGAGACAGUUCUAAUCCUAGUUUUGCUUCUGAUUUGCUGUGUGCCCUUGCCCAAAUUACUUAACUUCUUCGUCUUAAGUCCCCCAAUGUGUAUAAUGCAACUAAUGACAAUUGUUUUUACAGUGCUUUGAAAAUAUGAAGAAUUAAGGUUUGUUGUUUUGUCAUCCUCCCUGAGGUGCCCCCCCCACACACAAAAAAAGAGAUUUUUCAGGGGCUUUUGUUUUCCUGGUAUGUGUACAUGUUCGUGGUUGGUUGAUUGUCUUUUUUGUUUUCUUUUUUUUUAUUUCCCCCAGGACAUUGGCUCUUUCUGCUUAGUCCUCAUUUGAAACCAAGCUCUGUUUGUGACUCUCCUGUUUGCCAGAGCAAUCAAUAGAAUUAUCACAAAUAGAAAAUUGACUUUAAGUGAUAAGCAGCCAGCGCAGGGCCGCCCAGAGGAUUCAGGAGGCCUGGGGUCUUUGGUGGUGGGGGGCCCCCGCCACAGGUCUUCAGGGCACUUCAGCGGUGGCUCCCAGAGUGGAAGAACCCCCCACCGCCGAAUUGCCACCAAAGACCCGGAGCGGAAGAAGCUCCGGUGGCCCAGGCCCCGCGAGAGUUUUCUGGGGCCCCUGGAGCGAGUGAAGGAUCCUGCUCCAGGGCCCCCAGAAACUCUCCUGGGGGCACCUGCAAGGCCUGGGGCAAAUUGCCCCACUUCCCCCCCACUUCCCCCCCCCCCGGGCAGCCCUGAACAAGAGCCAAAUGAAUCUGAAAAACAAUCCCACUGUGCCAAAUUCUGCUCUGAUUUAUGCUUUUUGCAAUCCCAUUAGUAAUCUUUCAAGGGUUGAAGGACAGCACAGAAUAUUGGUCCAGGGUUUCCAAGUCCCCAUUAGUGUCCCAAAUUAAAACAGGGAUGAGAAAUACAAAAAAUAAUGUGAAUACACAACGGUCUGUAAAAAAGAACAAUUUUCCAAAAAUUUCCAUGCAGCAUCAACAGAUUAACAAAUUUGUAGAAUAUGAUGGAUUUCUAAAAAGUCAGUUAACAGAUUAUCACUUUUUUAUGAGGUGGGUUUACUACAAAAGGUAGACAGAUGAGCAGGUUCUUUGACAUUUAUAAAGGUUUAAACAGUAGUUAAGCAGGAAAUAGUUCAUUUACAUUAAAAUAAUAGUAUAACUUUUAAAAAGUGAUUCUUGCUUGGAGAUUUUGGCCCCAAAUAUAUCCAUGUUUUAACUGCAUUGACUUAAAUUCAUUCCUGAUGUACCAUUUGACCCAUUAGCUUUUUCUCUAAGUAACAUAUAGCACAGAUUUCAAAUAUGUGUGUGUAGGUUUUUGAUGGAAAAUACUUAAUGUUUACUUUUAAGUAGAUAAUAUUUUUACAAAUCUUCUUUAAACUUAUGUUAAGGCAUUGUCAUCUGGCUUCAGGACUCUUUUCAAUUGCCAGUUGGAUAUUAAAAAUAGGAGACAAGUUUAUAGAUAAUUUAACUUCCAUACAAUUGUCAUUAAAUAAACAAAACUAUAACAUUUCGUGGGAAUCCUUAUCCUGAACAAAUCUGAUUGACAUAAUCUGCCUGUUAAUGAGGAAAAUUCACUUCUAUUCUAAAGUGAAUCAAAGAUUAUUCCAUAAACUAGUUAAUUUAAACCAUUCCCUUCAGCAUACAAGUGUAAUGAAAUGAAAAUUCACUGUGAAUGAGACAGUGGGCCAAAUGAUGAUCUCUCAAACCAGAGCAAAUCUGAAGUAUCUCCAGGAUUUAGACCAAUUUAAUAGAGCAGAAUUCAUCCCAUUAUGUGUACUGUGUGUAUGUAUUGGCAUACUAAAAUUAGGGAAAUUUGUUUUGGUUAUUCUUUAAUUUUAGAUUGAUAGAAAUAUAUGCAAUAGCUACACUGUUCCAGAAUACCAUUUAGUAACCAAAUUAUAAAUAUAUCUUUUGGUAUUUUGAAAAUUGGUAAUGGUUUGAUAUGUUUUAUAAGAUUCUGUAGUUAAAGCACGUUAAGAAGGGUCACUCUAUAAAAUAACAGUGAAAAUGACAGUGUUAAAACAAAUAUAUUUUCUCUUCAAAUUUGUAAAACAAGAUGCAAACAAAAGCUUUAAUAUUAGGAUUUUUUAAAAGCAUUUCUAACAAGCCCAUAUGGUAAAAUGCCAUUAGAAAGAUCUAGUAUUUCUCUUUCAAAAUGAGAAUACAAAAUAACUCAAGCCUUAUUUAAAAGUGAUAUAAAUAGUACAUCUCUCCUUGGUGCACUUUGAGCUAAAAAAUCACUAUUCCAGAACUUAUGAUGUCUCUCUCAAAGAUGUAUCUGAUUUUGAAUGUUACAUUUUUCUAAUGUAACUGUAUCUAUGGGACCUCUUCUCUAAAGAGAUGCUCAGACUUGGGAAGGUGGGAGCGCAGUAAGUAGUAAACAUUGUCACCAGCACAAGAGGAGCUAGUAUUUGCAUUAGCUAUUUACAAAGCAUUAUUUGAAGGAAUAAAAUAUUGGUUUCAGAAAUUUGUGUUGUUUUUGGUUUAGUUUAACAAUUUCAGCUUUUCAGCAAGAGCCACUACUGUCAAACUUAUACUGUAUUUGAGCUUUGAAGAGGCAGGUACAGUGUCUGACCACUGUAGUCACUUUAUUUUGUACCAUCUUUGUACAUUCCUGUUGUAUAGCUGGAGCUGUAGUUCUAGAGGGUCAUUGUUCUUUGUAAUGUCUGAAUAGUAUUUAAUACCAAACUUUAUUGUUGUUAGCUGUAACUGCUGCUUAUUUGGUUACUUGUGCAUUCUUAUGAUAAUUCACAGCCCAGUUCAGUGACUCAAUUGUAUACCAGAAGCAGAGUGAAUAACUUUAAAUGUUUAUGUAACUAUACUAAAUGAAUUCAAUAUGAAGGUCUUGUACUGUAAAAAAGUGACAUCUUUGCCAUUUUAGUAAUUUGAUAAUGUAUUCAGUUACCAGAUUAUGAACUUCAGGUUGCACUAAAUUUGUCCUUGUUUUUCACUGUGGCUUCAAAGAAAAUAAACACAUCUUGUGUGCUUUCAA